AUGUUAGGGUUGCUUUUUUUCCCAUAGCAACAGUCCCCUGGCAACCAGUAAGAGUGCCAGUUAUAUUCGUAGUACUCCAUACCCCUCUGGCUCCCUCACACAUACCCUUCCUCACUUUCUCUAUCACCCACAGCCUCUCUCUCUCUUCCCCAUCAUUUUCCCUCUGAGUAUGUGUGUUUGAGUCUGAGUGAGUCUGCAUGUGAGUCAGCUGCAUCCUCAGCACCUGGGACGUUACUUCCAUUCCUCACAGGGGAAGCUGCAUCGCUGACACUCGUUGUUUACCUGGUUGACGGCUCUUCAGGUUUGUCAGUCAGGGCUCCAAGCCAGAAUCUCCGCGGGUGUCUAAGAGAGGAGAGGGAGGUCAACAUGGGCUCGAGCUCCUCCUCCUAUGCCCCCAAAACCAUUUACCUGGAUGUGGAUGGGAAGGUGCAAAAGGUGGUGUUCAGUCGGCACUGCAGUCCAUGUGACAUCAAGGAGCUUCUGUGUUCCUCAUCGAACAUUCCCAGGAACACUGCCAUCAUGAUGGUGGACCCAGAGGGUGCCUUGGUUUCCAUAGAUCCCACCAUGCCCACCAACUCUCCAAGCUCUUUGUACAAAGUUGUCCCUCUGUCUACGGGUCAACUUGGAGAGAAGGAGGACAUGUUUCAGAACGUGUUAUCACAGGUGGCUGAGCAGUUCAGCAGAGCCUUUCGCAUCAAUGAGUUGAAGACUGAGGUCACCAACAGGCUAGCCAUGCUGGAGAAGAGAGUGGAAUUGGAGGGCUUGAAAGUGGUGGAGAUUGAGAAGUGUAAAAACGAUCUGAAGAAGCUACGCGAUGAGAUGACUUCAAGAGGCGGUGGCAGAGUAAACUGUCCGUGCAAAUACAACUUCUCAGACGACGGGAAGAAGGUCACUCCUAGACGAGAUGUCCCCAAUUACCCCAAGUACACAUUGUCUCAGGAGACUGUUGAGGCGCUGAAGAAGCCAACAUUUGAUGUCUGGCACUGGGAACACAAUGAGAUGCUGAGCUGUCUCGAGUACAUGUACCAUGACUUGGGGCUAGUGAAGGAAUUCAACAUGAACCCCAUCACACUCAAACGCUGGCUGUUGGCCAUUCAGGAGAACUACCGUAACAACCCCUUCCACAACUUCCGUCACUGCUUCUGCGUUAGCCAGAUGAUGUAUGGCAUGAUUCACCUCUGCAACCUACAGGAGAAGUUGACUCUCACAGAUAUGGGCAUUUUAAUGACAGCUGCAGUGUGUCAUGACCUGGACCACCCCGGCUACAACAACACGUACCAAAUCAAUGCCCGCACAGAGCUGGCAGUGCGCUACAAUGACAUAUCUCCGCUGGAGAACCAUCACUGUGCUGUGGCCUUCCAGAUCCUUUCUCUUCCUGAGUGCAAUAUCUUUGCAAAUGUGGAUCCUGAGGCAUUCAAACAGAUCCGACAGGCUAUUAUCACCCUCAUUCUGGCCACCGACAUGGCCAGACACGGGGAGAUACUCGACUCCUUCAAGCAAAAAGUGGACAACUUUGACUUCACCAAUGAAGAGCAUGUGACAUGUCUGAAGAUGGUUUUGAUCAAGUGCUGUGAUAUUUCCAACGAGGUUAGGCCAACUGAGGUCGCUGAGCCAUGGGUGGACUGUCUAUUGGAAGAGUACUUCAUGCAGAGUGACAGGGAGAAGUCUGAGGGUCUCCCAGUGGCUCCCUUCAUGGACAGAGACAAAGUCACCAAACCCACUGCUCAAAUUGGAUUCAUCAAGUUUGUUCUCAUCCCAAUGUUUGAAACUGUCAUGAAGCUUUUCCCUCAGAUUGAGGAGAUCAUGGUUCAACCUUUGAGAGACUCUCGUGACCACUACGAGGAGCUGAAACAGAUUGACGAUGCCAUGACAGAGGCACAGAAGAAAAAAACUGAAAAUAUGUCAUUAGGCGGGAAGAAGAAGUAAGCUCUGCAGUGAGUGAGUGCAGUGGUAUCUGUGGGUCUUCUUUUGUGUUCAGAUUCAGCAAAGACUUUAAAAAAACAUGAGUGAAGCCUCGGUGAAGACGUUCUGCGCUGCGCCCUGAAGACGACAGAUGGAGCAGGAGGGAGAGAGUAAAGAGACAGACUGCUUGGCUACAUACUGAACUAAACUUAGGCAUUAAGGUGGCAUAUCUUGAACUUUGACUUAGACUUUUGCACUGGAUGUAACAGAGAGGGACCUGCUGACCUCUCUGCAUAUUUAUGGUGUUUAUGUUGUUCUCUAUUUUUUAUUUUUAUUUUAAUGUAAUAGCACCUCAAGAGUUUGAAGGAUCAGUUUCUCAAAAAAAAAAAAAAAAAACAACUUAAAACCUUAUUUUGAGAUUGAUUACUGUGCAUUUAAAAAAAAAUAUACAAUGGCUGCAGAAUUGGCCUCAUGGACCGAAGGUUCAGGAAAAUGUUUUCACCAAACAAUAAAUGAUGAUAUCCUUUUCCACUAGACAAACAAAAUGCACCAAAGUGGGAUGUUUUCACCUCAGUGUAGCAAUAAAAUUGUGAUUGACAUGGUGCACUCUGUGUUUUCCAAAAAAUAAUGCAGCUUUGCACCUUUACUUUUUUUUUUUUUUUUUGUUCACGCACAAUGAGCAGUUAAUUGAUCACAGUUCUAGAUGUAUUCUCUUUACGUUCAACAGUUUUAAUAAAAUAAAGCCACAUAGGGGCUCAUAUUGUUCAAGGUGUUACACAAUUUGUCCUGUAAAAAAGUUUUCAUCUCACAAUACAUGUAAACUGUGCUUUCUA